AGUGACAAGAAAACAAAGUAAAAUUUAAAAUUUGAAGGCUUCGGAAAACGGAUUGUUGAGCAAGGACGUUUUACGGUUACAUACUCACCCUCGCCGCCGGCGCCGGUACUUGUUCGUUUGAAUAAUGGAGGGGGUAGGGGCCAGGUUCGGCCGAUCUUCCACCCGUUUCAGCGGCCCCGCCACCGUCUUCACCGGCCCCGUUCGCAAGUGGAAGAAGAAGUGGGUUCACGUCCCGCCGCCCAAUUCCAACAACCACCAUCACGCGGCGUCCAACGGAAACGCUAAUGGAAGCAACGCCUCCUCCCACCUCCAGUUUUACAAGUGGACGCCCAUCGCUCCCACCCAAUCCAAAGACAGCAACGGCAGCGAUAAUGGCAAUGCUGAUUCGACUAAAGACGAGGACGUUGCGGCCGAGAAGCCUCCGAAGAGACGAUUCAAGUAUAUUCCGAUUGUUGUGCUUGAAGAACAAAAAGUAGAAUCCUCUGAGCAGAUGGAGGAUGAAAAUAAGUCCAGUGAAGAUAACUCGGAUGCAGUAGAGGCAACGUCCAGAGGUGACGAAAAACCUGACAUGAAUGAUGUACCAAUGGAUGAAAAUCAGGCUUCAGAGACCAAUCGUGAAGAACGGCAAGAUCUGAACAUAAGUACCUUGGAUUUGAGUCUGGGUUUGAAGGCUCAUGAUGGUGAAAAUGAUUCCGAGUCGAGAGGAGAUCAAAACAAAGAUGAGUAGAGCGAAUCAGCUAUUGAGACGUCGCUUGAUUUAUGCAAAGCCUAAGGUUUAGAAGCAGAUGAGCAAUCUAAGCCUGUUGAAUACAGUGUUUGCUACGUUGCUUAUACUUGAGAAAGUAGAUUUGAGGUCACUUAAGAUUGUAAUUUUAGGUUUAGUUUACUUUGUUGAAGUGAUUGCAUUUGUAUGAUUUCAUCUCCACUUGCUGAGGAAAUCAAAUUUUUCACUCUGAA